CGUAAAAGUUUUCGCCUUUCUUCCUUCGAUCUUCCCAUCCCACCUCGCGCUGCUCUGCCGACCGCCCCCACCUCUCCACUCCUCUCCUCCUCCCGCGACCGCGAGGCCACGCCAUGAACGAACCCGCAGCGUAGGCAUAGCCCAGCGCAGCGGAGGCCGUGAACCAACCAUGGGCCGUGCGAGGGCCAAGGACGCCGGCUACGGCGGCGUCAAGUCGUUCCCGUCGCCGGCCUCGUCCUCGGCGUCGUCGUCAGAGUUCGAGUUCACGGUGACGCAGUCGCCGGGGUCCAAGCAGCGGUCGGCGGCGCAGCUGUGCCCCGCCGACGACCUGUUCUACAAGGGCCAGCUCCUGCCGCUGCACCUGUCGCCGCGCAUCUCCAUGGUGCGCACGCUGCUGCUCGCGUCGGCGUCCACCUCGUCCGCCUCCGCCUCCGACUCCACCUCCACCUCCAACUCCUCCCGCGACUCCAACGGCAGCACCUCCUCCUCCUUCUCCACCGACUGCGCCGCGCUCCUGCUGCCGGACUCCGCCCCCUCGUCCUCCCGCCCCAGCUCCGCCACCGACGACGACCGCCACCUCAACCUGCUCCGGGGAACCGCCUCCUACGCCGGGCUCCCGCCAGCCAAGCGCACCGGCAAGCAGUACCUCUCGUCCUUCGCCACCCGCUUCUCCUCGGUCUUCCUCCACCGCGGCGGUGCGCCGGCCGCCAAGAAGCCGUCCAACAAGUCGCUCGCCAAGGAGGUGAUCAAGAAGUACGCCAAGAAGGUGAAGCCUCUGUACGAGAAGCUGUCCCAGAUCCCCAAGAACCAGAACAACGGCGGCAGCAACCAGCCUCAGCCGCAGCCCCCGGCGCAGCAGCAGCAGUGUUUUAAGAAGCCGUUCAGUUUCUCGAUCCGGAAGAAGCGGGGCGACGAAGACAACGCUGCCGCAUCCGCAGCGGCGGCAGCGGCGGAGGUGAGCACCUGCAAGUACGCGCACUCAAACUCGUUCUCCGGUAACCUCCGGUUCCCGCGUCAGAAGCGGUGCGCGGCGAGCUGCCCGUCGUCGAUGCGGUCGUCGCCGAACCACUCCGGGAUGCUCUCCUUCGGCGGAGCGGGCGGCGUGGGCUUCCCCGACGUGCCGGCCGCAGCAGCGGCGGCCAUGACAAGCAGCAUUGGCAUGCGGCCCGUGUCGCUGUCGGCGGCGUCGUCGUCUUCGAUGGAGGAGCUCCAGAGCGCCAUCGAGGGCGCUAUCGCGCACUGCAAGAACACAAUGGGCGGCGUCGUGUCCCUGUGCCCGCGCAAGGUGCCGGCGGCGACGGCGGCCGGCGAGAUCAGCGCGUUCUGAGCGCGCCGGUGCAUGCAUGCAUGCACUAGGAUUCGUGCGGGGAGCUAAGCCGUUGUAGCUUCUCGUGGGAGGAGAUGAGCUUGAGCAGCAGUGGAUCUCUCGGAGCAGGCGGCACAAGAAGUUAAAAGUGGUUGCAACGACGAUUGCCUCGCUAGAUCUGGGUCUCCACGUAGUAGGACAUGUCCUUCCACAUGUGCGUGGUGGCAAUUAUACCGUGGUCGAAGAUGAUGACCUGUUUGCGACUGGUUGCGGAUCCUUCUGCUACAGGGGUCUUCUCUCAAGAUUCAGGGAUGAUGACACAGAACUCCGGAGAUCUUCUUGUGUUAUGGUUGUCUUAGGGUAUUAUAGGUGUUCAUGUUCCUUUGUUUUUGCGUUUCAGUGUGCUUGUAAGGGUCACCUACUCUGUACUGAUUCGUGAUUUGAAUGAACAAUUUCUCAAAAAAAAAAAGUCAGAUCUUAGCUUGAGAUUA